GCGGCCGGUGACGCGGGUCACGCGGGGCGGCCGUUGGAUUGGGAAGCCGGUGGGGGAUUUUGGAGGCUAACGGUCGGUGAUGGCGGCUGUCGGCACAGGCUCGGGUCCGGGCCCGGGCCCGGGCCCGCUCUCGGUGCGGUUCCUGCCGCUGCUCUGCUGUUGCCUUGCCCCGGUCUUCGGCAUCGCCCGGGACUGGGAGCUCUCCCUCCAGCCCAAGCCGUGCCGGGCCCCCGAGCAGUGGGAGGGCAGGGCCGUGGUGUACGAGCACAGCACGGGCAGGAACAGCAGGGUGCUCCUCUCGUACGACGGCCACAACCAGCGGGUCCGAGUGCUGGAGGAGAAGAAAGGACACAUCCCCUGCAAAAAAUUUUAUGAAUACAUUUAUCUAUUUAAAAAUCCAGUCCUUUUCAAGAUUGAGCAAGUGACAAAGCAUUGCUCCAAACUACCCCUCAUUCAGCCAUGGGAUCCAUAUGACAUCCCUGACAACUCUACCUAUGAAGAUGAGUACAACAUUGGUGGACCAGGAGAUCAGAUUAAGGUCCAAGAAUGGUCAGAUCGAAAACCUGCUCGUAAAUUUGAAAGAUGGGUUGGAGUCUACACAGUUAAGGAUUGUUAUCCAGUGCAAGAGACAUACACGAAAAGCUAUAACGUAACAACAUCCACACGGUUUUUUGAUCUGCAGCUGGGGAUCAGUGACCCAUCUGUGUUCACCCCACCCAGCACCUGUCAGGUAGCCAGCUCAGAAGAGAAGAGCAGCGACUGCUAACUGUAGGUGCUGGCUUAGGGAACACAACAUUGGUUAUCAAGUGCACCUGCCACUAACAACCUUUUCUCUUUUUUAAGAGUUGUCACCUCUUUUUGGUGUCUCAGGAAGCUUUCAGUUCACUUCCCUCUGUGGGAGUUGGAGUUCCUCCAUAUGUCUGCUGAUUGAUGUGUUGCUUCCAAGGAAAAAAAAGUUUCUGCCUGCAGCUUCUGUCGUUUGUGUGUAAACAUGCCUUAGUGAUUAGCAUGGCUAAAUCUAUCUUAAUUAUCUGCCACAUAAUAACAGCACUGCUGCAGACUUCUACAAGUUACUAAAUAUAGUUGUCUCUUUAUAUCCUUUUAAUUUUUUGGGCAAGCAUUAAUCCCAAGGAAAAGUAACCGGUUACAAAUAGCCCUAAAAUAAAAGCAAAAUACUGCAGAGGUUGGAGAUCUGAAAUAAAAACAGUCAGAAAAUGUCAGCAGGUCUAUUAGCAUCUGGGCGAGAGAAAGAGUUUGUUUCAUAUCCAAUAUAACUCCGAAGAAGAUUCAUAUUGUACUCAAAACAUUAACUCUGUUACUCUCUCCACAGAUGGUGCCAGAACUGCUGAUGCUUUCCAGCACUUUGUGUAAAUUGUCCUAUCUACUUAUUCACAGAUGAAUGAAUGUCAAUAUAUAUUGCCUGAGGUGGUCUUGUAGCAUUUGGGUGUAUUACAAGCACUGUUUUAGUACAUUUAGAAAGUAUUGCUGGAAUAAGGCAUUUUUUAAAAGCUUUUUAAUCUUGCACUCAUCAGGGCAAUCUCACAAAUACCAAUGUCAGGGGAAGCAACAAUUUUAUACUGUAUGACAAGAGUGGUAGA